GGCAAGGCUCACAUUAUUACUUAAUUCAGUUGGUGGUGGGGUUCACAAAUCACAAGAGAAGUGGAAGAAAGUAAGUUUGAACUUGCAUCUUGUUAACCUAGCUGUAUAUUUCAAACUCUCAAUUGUUUUGCUAUUAACUUGCAUCUUGUUAACCUAAGUGUACAUUGCAAACUCUCAAUUGUUUUGCUAUUCACUUGCAUCUUGUUAACCUAAGUGUAUAUUGCAAACUCUCAAUUGUUUUGCUAUUUACUUGCAUCUUGUUAACCUAAGUGUAUAUUGCAAACUCUCAAUUGUUUUGCUAUUAACUUGCAUGUUGUUAACCUAAGUGUAUAUUGCAAACUCUCAAUUGUUUUGCUAUUUACUUGCAUCUUGUUAACAUAGCUGUAUAUUUUAAUAUAUUCAUUUAUUUUGCUAUUGCCCUUUUCAUGCACCGCUUUAACUCACAACAUGUAAACCUAAAGGUCUGGGCAGAUUGGAAGACUAAAACAAAAAAAAAAGAAAAUGUUGAUUUCCAACCACACAAAUGGUACUGGUGGUGGUCCAAGCAGCAGGCUGUCUCUAACAGUUUUGGAAGACCGAGUCUGUGCCAUACUGGGAGAGACUGCUGUUCUUGGUCAAGCUGGCAUACAAGAGCAUGGCUUUAAUGCGCCACCAGUACCAAGGGAAGAACCCAUUCCUGAAGAUGUGGAAAUUGAAAUUCCUGUAGGCUUAGAGAAUUUUAAUUAUAAUACAAGUGUUCCAACAUUGCCAGCAUCACCGCUACUGCUAGACCCACAGCCCUCACCACCACCACCACCAGUACGUCCGCCGCCCCCUCUACCGCGUUCUCCUCCGCGUCCCACUGGUCGACGGUCAUCGGCGUCACCGCGAUCUGCGACUGCCUCGCCGCGACAUGGGAUGCAGAGAGCUCGCAGGAAUCGCGGCUUAACGCCAUUUGACCGGGCCGCUACAGAAUUUGUGGCGGUUGAACAACGACGCCUUGCACUGGAGGAGACGCGAGAGAAGCUUUCCCAUGAGCGAGAAAGGGAAAGGGAAAAGCUUCUCCAUGAACGUGAGAGGGAGCGUGAGGAACUUUUCCACCAAAGAGAAAUGGAGCGACUGCGGCUGGAGUCGCUAAAGGUUGAGGCAAAUCGCGAGCAAACUAGGGUGAUGCAGCAAAUAGCUGUUAUCGGGCAAAGGUUGCUCGAGAUAUUGCCUCAAGGGCCCGCAUCUUAAUUUUUUUUUUCAUAGAGUUUUAAGUGUAUUAUUUAGUGCCUUUCUUUUUAUUUUUUUUAAGUGCUUGUUUUAGAUUUUAAUA